AACAUCUCCCUGGUAGUGUUUUUUGUUUUAUAUUAAAAGCUAAAUAUGUAUAAUUUUCUGCAGUGAAAGACUGAGGCAGUUGAUUGUGGAAUUCAGGCCUCCCCAGUUCAUAGACAGCCUCAGCAGUGUUUUGCCACGAGACGCCAAGGACACUGUGGCCAACAUUCUGAAAGAUGUGUUCAGACGCUGCCUUCUCUUGAUAAUCUCCUCUCACUGAGCCAUAAUCUUACUCUUUCUGCAGACUCAACAAACCUCAGAAGCAAGCCAUGAAAAAAGUCCUGCUAUCCAAAGAUUACACGCUUAUUGUGGGAAUACCAGGUACUGGGAAAACUACCACCAUUUGUACACUGGUGCGCAUACUCCAUGCUUGUGGCUUCAGUGUUCUUCUGACUAGCUACACCCAUUCUGCUGUGGACAACAUUCUCUUGAAACUGAAGAGGUUUAAGAUCAGCUUCCUGCGCCUGGGUCGUGCUCAAAAAGUGCACCAUGAUAUCCUGCCCUUCACAGAGGAGUCACGUCGGGCCGAAGGGAUCCAAACACUAGAAGAGCUGGAACAACUGUACAGCAAAGAAGUUGCUGCAUUUUUGAGAAUUAUGUGAUCAUUUCAGCUCACCACAGACUGGAUCUUCAAGGAUCCCAACCCAAGGAGCAAAGUAACGGGAAUAGAAGUCAUAUCCAGGUUGUGCGGUUGGAGCUCCCUUCAUGGUAACAAUGACACCUUUAAUCUUCCCAGUGGAUUCAUUUUUCAGCAGAGCCUCCGCUUCAGGCUUUAAAGAUGUAAGUUCAGAUCUACCAGCAACAAACAGUCAACAACCUUGCUUAAUGAUAAUCAAAAAUAAACAAUAUUACCAACAUA